AAAACAUGUGGGCUAAGUUUCUCUCACACCCAACAGUUUCCUGAAAUUUAGGCGGUCAUUUAUGUGAGUUGUGGUGUUAGAUUUGACAUGUGGCACUCUGGGAGGCUUAAUAAUAAUUAACGAGGCAAUGAAUUUUGAAAAUUUAGAUUAUUAGAUGGGAUUAAAAUAAUAAUAGAUUGAUUAUGAAAUUCAGCUGAAGAUCGGUCUCCCGGUGAACCAAAUCACUCGCUACCUCAAGGAGGAUCAUCCAUCCACAACUGUUCUCUCCUUUUCUGUUCCGAUCUCUCUUCCAUCAUCGAAUUCUCUCUCUCUCUCUCUCUCUCUCUCUCUCUCUCUGUUUCUUGCUUUUGAUCAUUGCAGGAAAUGGAGAGCAUCUUUGAAUGUCGGCCUCGCCGGAGCUUUAAUUUGUGAUGAUAUUAGUUCGUGUUGAAUGAGAAUCUGCAGUUCGCGCCUGCCGUGUUUGAUUUGGUUCGGCUUAACUGUUGUCGGAGCUCAAACUCGAAUUCAAACCCUAGUGCUUCAAAUUCAUGCUCUGGGGAUCACACUAGUCGAUCUUUGAGCUGCAAAGGAAGUGGGGUUGUUUGAUGAUGAAUUUAUUCAUGCGUGAAGUCGUUUACGAUGUCGGAGAGGGGGGAGAAUGGUGAGUCAUUUGAUGACUGGCAAACCCUUGUUUCCAGCCCUAGGGAUUUUUCUUCGUCGUUUGUAUCGGUGGAUUCCGAUUCGAAGUCUUUGUCCGAGUCUCUGAUGGUUGAGAGAGCUGACGAUGAAGAUGAUCAUUCUUCUGUAAAUGUUGAUAAAAAGUUUGAACAGGGUGGCCCUGGUAUGGUUCCGGAUGUUCCGGGUGUCAGGACGGGAGGUAGCAUUGCAGAGAGAAGGGCAGCGAAGUGUGGGUUCAAUGCUGCAAGGAUUAACACAGCCCGGUUUCGGGCUACUAGUCCCCUGGCUUCUCCAGCUGCUCGAUCACCAUACCUUACCAUUCCCCCUGGUAUUAGUCCCUCGACGCUGCUAGACUCACCCAUUAUGCUUCCAAAUUCUCAGGCACAGCCAUCUCCGACCACUGGCACUUUCCCAUUAUCCCCUCUCCACCAUGAAAAGUCGAUGCUGAAUCCAGUGACUUCUUCUGGAGAUGGGACUAGGUGCAGUAACGUAGGCCCCUCUUUCAGGUUCAAGUCUCAUGGAAGUCCUGUUUCUUUGCCAUACUUUCCUGGCUUAGAAAAUCAGAGUUUGGGUGCUUCCGUUGACUAUCAAGCUGUUCCUCAUGUCCAACCACCAGAUUUUGAAUUUGCAGCAGAGUUUCCGAAGGAAAAGACAAAUAACUGUGCCACAGAUUCUCCAAAUGAAGUUGAACACUUGAAUGAAGUGAUUGUGAGUGCCAAUUCCAUUCCUUUGCAAACAUUUUGUUCCAAUGUAGCUAGUGAUCAAGUGCUUCAACAGAAAGAGCCUAUUCAAGGAGAGGAUGCAGGAACUCAUUAUCUUUUGGAAGGAGACCAGAAAGAGGUGUACCCUCCUGCAGGAGUGAUGAGGACAUCUGAAGAUGUAUACAAUUGGAGAAAGUAUGGGCAAAAACAGGUAAAAGGUAGUGAGUAUCCAAGGAGCUACUAUAAAUGUACCCAUCCAAAUUGUCAGGUGAAGAAAAAGGUAGAACGUUCCCAUGAUGGUCAAAUAACAGAGAUCAUCUAUAAGGGUUCUCAUAAUCAUUCUAGACCACAGCCAAGUCGCAGAUCAGCACCUGGAUCAGGAUUUUCAUUCAAUGAGAUGGAGAUGGGUGAAGGCAGUGGAUCUUGUGUCAAAGUAGAAGGUGGGUUGGUUUGGAGAAAUAUCCAGCCAGGGUCCAAGGAAAUUAAAUUUGGUUCAGAUUUGAGAGUUGAUCGUCUUGAAAGGACAUCCUCGACAUCGGUUGUAACAGAGCUUUCUGAUCCAUUAUCAACAACACAAGGUAAAUCCAUGGGUGUAUUUGAAUCAGCUGAAACUCCAGAGCUCUCAUCUACACUUGCUAGUCAUGAUGAUGAUGAAGAUGGGGCCACCCAGGGAAGCAUAUCAAUUGGAGAUGAGGCUGAUGAUGAUGAAUCUGAGUCAAAAAGAAGGAAAAAGGAGAACUGCUUGGUUGAACCAAAUUUGUCAUCCAGAGCUGUCCGUGAGCCAAGAGUAGUUGUCCAAAUCGAGAGUGAAGUGGACAUACUCGAUGAUGGAUAUCGUUGGCGAAAGUACGGGCAAAAAGUUGUUAAAGGAAAUCCAAACCCUAGGAGCUACUACAAAUGCACUAGUGCAGGAUGCUCAGUGAGGAAGCAUGUGGAAAGAGCCUCUCACAAUCUCAAAUCUGUUAUCACAACAUACGAGGGAAAGCACAACCAUGAAGUCCCAGCAGCCAAAAACAGCAACCAUGCAAACUCCAAUGGGGGAAAUUUACCUCCGCCUGCCCCUAAUGCUCAGCCAAACCUGAUAUUGCCCAGCAACACCAAUGUCCCAAAGCCCGAAUCACAUGUUCAAGAGUUUGUGCAGUGUUUUGAAAGAAAGCCUGAUUUUAGUAAUGAAUUUCUACGACCCAGUUUUCUCAAAAAUUUUGGUAAUGAUGUGAAAUUUGGAGCCCCGUCAAUCUACCAAAUGAAGUACCAUUCUUUACAAAAUAGCAUGACUUAUGGAUCAUUUGGGCUGAAUCCCAACCACGGUGAAGCUAAUCAUGCCAAUUCCAUGGCAAAUGCUGUCCCAGAUUUCCCCAUUUCAUUGCCAUUGAGUCUCCCCCAAUCUGCCAGUCUAGCUCUAGCUGGCUUUGAUUUUAGUAAUCAUGGAAAGCCUGUUGGUUCAGUUCAUCCCUUUAUUGCAGGGCAGCGGCUGAAGGAGAAUGACAUAAGAUAUAUCAGGCCUAAACAGGAGCAGAAGGAUGAUGGUCUAUAUGAUCCCUGCUUGCCUGUUGAUCAUGCAAACCCACCAUCUUCAUCGUCGAUGUACUACGGAAUUGCAGGAAGUUUUCCGACAUAAAUAUUUUUUCUUUUCUUUAAAGGUGAGUCAGUAAUAGAGAUGGGCUGCUAGCAUUUCUGGCUGGUUUGCCUUGCCCCUCUGUGUGUGUGUUUUUUUUUUCGGUCCUUUCUUUUUCUACGUGUUGGGGUCUCCAGUUUUUUUUUGCGUAGAGUAUUUUUAAGAGCAUCUUGUUCAAAAUAAACAUGAUUAUCUAUAAUGAAGUAUUCAUUUUUCUUUGUGCUUGUUAGAUCAACAAAAAAUUGCCUGUUUCAAA